GCAAAACUAUAGUAUUGGGACAUUUAAACUGUACCGAGGAAUAUAUUAUGUGCCAUUCACUUAAGCGGGUUUAAGUAAAUGAAUGACUUUGCGCAUUUAUGCAUUGAACCAUGCAGCGAUACUAAAAUACAAUACAUAUUUCAAUAAUUAAAAUAACGGUAUUUUGUUUGUUUAAAAGUCUGUGUGUGAUAGAUACACUUUUGACAUGUUUCGACUAGGAGUUGUUCGUUAAAACCGGAAAAUGAGAAAGGGUGUGACAAUCGAAGGUAGAAUACUUGUAGUUUUCAUGAAAUUGAUGUGAUUGACAGGAUGUAUGUUGCAUUGUUGUUUUUGAUUGGAAUUUUUAAAGUUUCUUGUCAAUCAUUUUGCCAAACUUCAGCUGAAAAAAAUGAUUUGAAAGUUGCAACAUUUUGUCAGAAUAGUGUAGCCUCAGGAAGUUCAGCUAUCAUUGACGGUUAUGCAGCUCAUGGAACAGAUACAGAUAAGACGUGUACCUGUAGUACCACUGUGUCCAUACCAAAUAAUGGCACUUCUAGUCUUGCCUUUAGUGCUUUGUUUAGUCUUCACCCACAGUACAUUGGCUGUGGUAGCUCAAUAGGUGUUAGAGUAAACAAUUCCGGUCAGAGUACGAGAAUAAGGUGUACCAUUGCUGGUAGUAUAACAGUGAAUAAUGGAGACAAUGUCCUUAUCGAAUUGAAGAAAGAAUCAUCACCUGAAGAUACACGAUAUUGUAUGAAGCUUCAGUUUUCAGAUCCAACAGCAACUCUAAUAGUGAAUUGUAACGGAGAAAAUGUUCCUGUUCCUCCGACCCCACCAACAACAACUGUUUUAACACAAUCAUCUAUCUCAUCUUCAAAUCGGACAGAAGCACGCUCAACAUCGACCUUAUCGUCCACAACGUCACAAAACAUAACUAAUAACUUUACAUCAUCGAAUCCAAUAAUAUCAUCCACAACAGAAGUGGCCUCUUCUUCUUCAGAUUCCCCAACACUUAAAACGAAUUCAUCGACCAUAAUAUCAACAACAGUUUUGGAAACAUCAUCAACAACUAAAGCCAACGUAGAAAAUAAUAUGAGCACAUCAACAACGACAAACACAUAUGACGAAAUGUCUUCUAAUUUACCAGAAUCCGGCAGUACAACAGAUAAUUCAACAUUGUCGUCAAUGGAUGAAAAAUACACGACAACAAUGCAGAUGUUAACUGAUGGUGAUAUUACUUCCCAAACUGAACAAUUAUUAACAAAAUUAACAACAAUGGCUGAUACAACCGUCAUUGAAACCAGAACUCCGACAUUGAUUAAACAAACAACUACAUCUCUAACUAAAACAGUAUCAACCCCAACAUCAACUCAAUCUCCAACUUCAACAGCAACAACUUCAACAGCAUCAACUUCAACAUCAAUUAAAACUACUAGUCAGUUAUAUGAAAUUGAAAGUACAACUGACCAUGGAAUCUCUGCAAAAGCAAAUAAAUCAUCAACUGAAGAAUUGAAAAAAGAUGAAACUACUGUUGCCGUCCGACUAACAUCCCCAGAAAAACGAAGCACCAAAGAUGAACGAUCAACACAGACAUCACAAACAACACCACAACAAACGACACAAAUGCCUGGGGAUACUGGUAGCUCCAAAGAUGAUGACAUUCCAAUUGAAGUCGUAGCUCCUGUCGCCAGUGUUGGUGGGUUGAUCAUCGUUUGUGUGAUUAUUUGUAUAGUUGUUGGAAUAAGGAGAAACAAAACAGGAAAACACAAGUUUUCAGUGGUAAAUUUUCUUUGGCGUAAUGGAUGCGGGUGCACUGAAGAUACAUUACCUCACAGCAAUACACUAGUAGAAAAGGCUUCAACUGAAAUUAAAAACAGAGAAAAAGACACAUAUGUAAAUCCAUUGUAUGAUGACAUAUCGCUUACCGGAAAAUCAGAUCGUUCCGACAGAGACUCUAUGAUGCAAGAAAUUCCUUCAGAUGACGAUUCGGAUGAUUCUUACAGAUUACCGGAAUCAACAAAAAUUGAUGGUGAAUUGUGGACGCAUUUAUGAUAAAUUUUGUAAUAGAAUUCUGACUUGUGCCAUUAAUAAUUAUGCUCAUAUGACAACAAUAUAACCACCGACAUCGUUUUGUAUUCUUCGUUUAAGGAAUUAAAAGUCAAAUCGAUUAGUUUCAGAUAAAAACAAAUCGUUCCAUUUUAGGCAAAUCUAUUAAUUCAGCAGUGAACGAUUAAAUAUAUAUGUAACUGUGAUAUGGAGGAACCUUCAACAUUUUUGCGAUUUUUUUUAUGACUGUACCUAAGCCAACAAUUUAAGUCGUCUCAUUAGAAAAUCCAUAUUUGUUUUCCAGAAAUCAAACAUUUCCUGAAUUUCAAUUAUCUUUUAUAUUUACACCUUUCAUUGCGAGAAUACGCAACAUGAAAACAGCGAGUUCUUGGUGAAAUAAAAUCUGUUAGAACAUGUUAAUAAGGUUUCCAUUUAUCCAGUUUAACAAUCUUAGAUUUCAGUUCUACACUCUAAUACCCACUUGACACGAAGAUGAAAUCAUUUCCAAGCUGGAUCAAGAUUGUUUUAGGGAAAAGUGCAAUUUCAGGAAGAAGAUAUAAUAAGAAAAUGGGUUUGGUCCCUUGAAUUCGAAUAUCAAAAAGUAUUAUAAAUCUACCAAAUAUCAUCAUUCAGGUGAUCAUAAGAUUAUCAAAUAUCAAAAUUAAUAUUUUGAAUUAGUUCUUGCCUAUUUGCAUAAGGGCUCCAACGUCUUGCAUUUAGAGCAAAACUUCGAAAAACUGCCAAAAUAGCCUCGUUUUGAAAUCAUGUCAUUAAUAUUUAGAUAUGAGCAAAGCUCUACACCCAAAAAAGCAUUUUGACUCAAGAAGUAUUUUAAAAGAUGCUAGUUAUAUAUUUGUCCCAGUUUUGAUACAAUUCAUAUAUUGAAAAUCUGAUUUUGUUGACGUUAAAAGGGUUAGAUUGUACACUCAAAGUAAAGAUAUGUAGGGUUGUUGUUCUGAAUUAAUUAUGCAUUCAAGUUGAUGCUUAAAUUAAUAGCCAUAAUUAGCAAUAUAGUCAAAAGAUAUACACAACACAAUUAAAAUUUACAGAAUGUAUAUUUAUGAAUAUCAAAACUUCCUCGUGUUGCGAUGGCACUUGUAUAAUUAAUGAAAGGUUACUUUUUCACAAAAUUAUGUAAAACUGAAUAGAAUGACACAAAAUUAACCGAGUUCUCGAAAUCUUUUUCCUCUGGUGGUCCAAUCUGCUGACCCUUGCUCUUUAUUUCUAUUGCAAAAAAAACAAAAUUGUGUCAGUCCUUGCAAAAGUUUGGUGGUCAAAACCUUCGGACCACCACUUUUAGAGAACUCUGAUAAACCAUAAUGGUUUUAUUAUCAUGACUUAUUUUACGAUAAAAAUGUACGAUUUAUUACUUUUAGAGAUUGGGUGGAUAAUUCGCGACAUAUAAUGCAAAUUGUACGCAGAAAGACUUUCGUGUAUUAUCAUUAUGAAUAAUUUCGAAUCUUAUAGACAAUUUUUUCAAUUUGUUCAAAGUCUGCUACGUAGUAUCUUAGACAAUAUUAUACGUUUAUCUUAAGAUUUGAGUUGCCUCGCCUUGCCCUAUAAAUUAUACAAAAUUGACUGAGAUAUCAGAGACAAAUUGUAUUAUGUGUCUCUGGUGAUAUUAAUGAAUUUGUUGUUCUAGUUCUUGUAGAAUUCUUUGAGAAAGUUAUAAAGGUAUUUACAGUCCGCAUUUUCCUGUUGUAAUGAUGUCUGAUACUAGUAAUGAAAUAUUUACAAAAAAGUAUAAUUUGUACCCAACAAGCUUUCUUCUGAAUCUUCUAAAUUGACCUCAUGCAAAUCAAAAUGAAAAAAAAAACAGCUUUACAUUUGUUUAUUGUGACAUUUUUAAUAUUUUUGUGUUAUCCACAGCAUUAAUGGUGUGAUUCAGUAGAUGUAUCGUAAACACUGGAUUGAUUAUAGUCACGAACCAAAACAGCAUUAAACCAUUGUUAAUGUUUUACAACGCAGUAUUUGUGGUUUAAAGGCUAUUUAUGGUUUUACAUUGAAUUACACAUCGACCGCAUAUCGUGUAUACACAUUAUAACUUACACAACAUGUAUCGUUUUUGUUAUUUAUGUUAACUGUUCAAUAUACGAGUUUUUAUAGGUUGUUAAGGAUAUGUGUCAUAUACCACAAUUUUUGUAACUAUGAAACAUGGUUUGUCCUAGUCUUAUAAUGUAUGAUGAGUUAUUGUUUUGUAUUAAUAAUAUUGCUAUGUACACAUAUAUCAUUUGAUGAAUAUAAUUCUUUUUUUA